AACUAAAAUACGCAGCGUCCGUGUCUCUCGCUUUCAUCCUCAAUCCUCAUGGCUUCUUCAGCUCAAAAGCAACACCUGCCAAACUUCUACACCGCCGCCUCAGCUCCUCCGCCAACGCCCUCGUCUCAACCAAACACCCACCACGUCACCUCAGCCGCUGACGCCGACGCUCUCUCUCGCCUCCUCCAUCGCCUCCCUCCUAUCCUCUCUCUUCCUACUCGCCGUUCUUCGCCUGCCACCUCUCCUCCUGUCAUCUCCCUCUCCGACCCAAACUCUAGCGAUCUUCUCCUUUCUGCCUCUUCUCAACACGGCUUCUUUCAACUCACCGAUCAUGAUAUUCCUUCUCAGCUCGCUCACUCAUCCGAGUCAGAAGCACGCUCUCUCUUUGAGCUUACGAGAGAUAAAAAGGAAUCGUACUUCCCUAAGAACUGGCCUUUAGGUUUUGAGGACGAUGAAGAUGGAAACGGCGAGUCGUUCUGGCUGGACGCGGCGUGUUCCACUGAAUCAACCGAGUUGAACUUAUCUUCUCUGCGCGAGUUAACUCAGGCAAUGGAGAAAGUUGGGAUGGAGAUUAUCGACAAUCUUGCUCGCGAGGUGGGAUUUGAGAACCCGUUAAAGGAAGAUCUGACCCGGAAUUGUUCAUUGAUGUUGGUUCACGAGAGCUCAUGCGAGGAUAAACCUGCUAUGUCGGGUGGGUUUUAUCCAUAUAUAGUUGGUUUACAGUAUCAAAUCCGGAGCCAGAAGUAUUCAUUGCUGUCGGAUUCGGGCUGGGUCGCUGUGGAACCGCGAAUGGACUCGGUUAUGGUUACUGUAGGCGAUAUUGCCCAGGUGUGGAGCAAUGGGAAAUUGAAGAAAGUAAGAGGAAGACCAACGGCUAGUAUGGGAGAAAGCAAAAGUUCAAGCUGCAUAACAAUGACAUUACUUAUAACUCUUCCAACAGAAAGCAAAGUGUCUCCUCUUCUUCCAAUCAAUGAAGAAAAUGCGAAUGAAAUUGAAAUUGAAAUUGCAGAAGAAGUUGAAGAUGAAAGCCAUGGCAAUAGAAGCAAGAGCAAGGCGGAAGAAAGAUUAAUGUUCAGGUCAUUUUCAUUUGAGGAUUAUGCUUGGAGAGUCUAUCAUGAGCCUCUACUCUUCAAAGACCCACUUCAUAAGUACCGUAUUAUUCAUUAGCGUCAUUAUAAUUUUCAUUAAUCUCUCUCCCACAUUCUUUUCUUUGUUCUUUUUUUUUUUAUUUGUUUGCUACUUUUUGUAUUUGUUUUUCUUUGGGUGAUGCUUAAUUUAUUCUCUAGUUUUAUGUUAAAUGAGAGUAUUUUGGAAACUUGAAAUUCAAUACGAAUGUACUUUUACUAUUUUAUCCGA